AUGUUUCCUUCGUUUGUUCGUUUUUUUAAUGACUAUUGUAUUGCGUUAGUACCUCUUGUAAUUUGGUCUACAGCUGGUAUUUUUAUGUCAUUUCGAAUUUUUAAAAACAAACUGUAUAAUAAUACUAUUGUCUAUACAUCAAUGGUGGCUGUAAUAGGAGGUAUAAUAUCUGCAGCUAUAACAUUUAUAACAGCAGAUGAUAGUAUUUUAUGGAAGAGACAAACUGUAUUCUAUGUCUUUUAUAGUAUUAGUAUAUCAUUUACAUAUAUUUCCAUAUUUCUUGCAUUUUUGAAGCUUGAAGGAUAUUGUUAUGAAGCCAGUUGUAAUGACGAUCCUAAUCUAUUAGAAACACGGCUUGUAAGGUUAUCCUUUGUUGGUAAACGCGUGAUCUAUGUCGGCUUUCUUUGGUCUGCAAUAACGAUAUCUGCAGGGUUUGCUGUAACACUAUUAAAUUCAUUAACUGGAAUAAAUGCUAUUAGUAAAAAUGGAGUGAUAUUUAUCUAUUUAUCAGGUUGGGGGUUUAUAGCAGUUCAUCUAUCUUUAUUAGCAAUUUAUUUCAAGCAACUUUUAAGAAUAGUUGGAAGAUUUCUUUUUUUGUUCUAUACACUAGCCAGCCUAAUUUCUACUAUUGCUAUGACUGUACUUGGAUUUUUGCCUGCUAAGGAAUAUAGACUUCAUGGGAAUGUUAUUGGUUGCGCUGUUAUUUUUACAGUUGACAUACCAGCUGUUUUGGCUAUUCUCUUUGUUUUCUUUAUUGGUCAUCUUUGGACAAAAAUAGAUGAUUUAGAAGUAGUGGCAGCUAGCAUUACUAGAGAUGAACCUAAAGAGGUAUUUAUGUUUAGAUAUUGUUUGAUCAAAUUAUUGCAAUAA